AUGCUGGUCUCGACCCUGUUCUUCGCGGUGCCGGUAUUUCUGCUAAUGCUUCACUGCGCGUACCACACCCUUUACCGCGGGUAUGCGCCUUGGGGCAUGACCCACGGCUAUUUGGAAGACCAUGUGCUCUCGGAAUCUUUCCUCUAUGUGGCCUCCUACAGCGGGGUUGUCACUACGCUUAACAUCACGGGCGUCAGGCAGCAAGGGGCCGCUGUCGUUGUUCUUCCACCUGUGUCGACAACCGAGGGAUGUGCUGGGAGCCCGUCGUGGCUUGCACUAGCUGACCGGGACUCGCUUCUUUACUGUCUCGACGAGGGGCUGGAGGAUGGCAAGAAUGGCUCGCUCGUGUCCUUUAGGACAAACCGGGAUGGGUCCUUGACGCCGUUAGACAAGGUGUCCACUGUCUUUGGGCCUGUCAGCGCUUCGUUGUAUGGUGACCGAGGCCAAAGCCUUGUGGUGGCUCAUUACGGUGGUUCAGCCCUUUCCACUUGGGACAUCCGGGAUCCAGCCAAGAUAUCUCCCAUUCAAGUUCAAGAGUUUGAACUUACUAAACCAGGCCCGAAUCCUUCCCGGCAAGAGGCACCACAUCCUCAUGCCGCGGUUGUUGACCCAAGUGGUCGAUUUGUCCUGGUGCCAGAUCUAGGCGCUGACCUCAUUCGCGUAUAUCUUGUCGAUCACGCGGGCCCUGGCUUGAUAGAGCUUGGGCCUCUGGCCGUUGCUGCUGGCAGCGGGCCUCGACACAUCGCCUUUGCUGUCAAGCACAAGACGUUCAUGUAUGCUGUUACCGAGUUGGGCAACACAAUCGUCGGUUAUGAGGUGGCGUACGGCCAAGACUCCAUCGCUUUUGAGGAAAUCUGGAAGAGUGGCGUCCACGGCAAGGACAAGGAUGUGCCAGAGGGUGCGGCGGCUUCUGAAGUUGUCAUCUCUCCUGACAUGAGAUUUCUUAUCCUCUCUUCUCGGAACGAGAAUGCUCUCGAAGUGCCGAACUUUGAUCCCGGCAACACCACGAGUAUCGUCUCGGACCCACUCGUCAACUUCGAGAUAGAUGCUGAGACGGGUCACCUCAACCUACGUCAGGAGGUGCCUUGUGGAGGAGGGUUCCCUCGUCAGUUCACCAUCAACAAGGCGGGAACCUUGGUUGCGGUGGCACUUCAGAGUGAUGGCCGAGUUGUCGUCAUGGAGAGAGAUGUCAAAACAGGCUUGCUGGGCAAGUUUGUUGCGUAUGCCGAAGUGGAAGGCGGAGUCACAGCUGUCGUGUUUAAUGAGUGA